CAGAUACCAGGGCGAGUGGAGGCGAUGUGCCUCGGGCAGGUCUCCAAAGGCAACUUCUGGCAUCUGGGGAUGCUCAGGGAGGACCCAAGAGCCGGUCCUCCAAGAGGCAGGGUGGCAAUGGCGAGUCAAGCGCCGAGAAGAAGCAAAUCGGAUUAAUUCCAGAAGACCAGCGAGAGGGAGAGACCCAAGCGGGCUUUUCUCUUUCUAUUUUUUUCCUUUCCUCUCGGCUUAGUUUCGCAGCUGCUUCCUGGUUCCGGUUUGCAGCCUCAACAACAGCCGUUACUGCAGGGAUUGCAAAAGGGAGAGAGACCCAAGCAGAGCAGGAUCCGCAGCUCAGCACAGGCAACCUUCUGAAUGUUGAACUCUAGAGAUGAGAAGAAAGUCUUGAUCCAAAGGUGCAUUUCUGACCAUCCCUUGGCAUCCAGAAGGGACAUUGGCAAGAGAAGCAGCCACCCCAGGGAUGGGUAGCCAUGAGAAAGAUCCGUCUUCUCCUAAACGGGCACCACCACCCUCCCGCUCCAACAGCACCGUGUCUUCCAAACACAGCAUUGCUCGGCAGGGUUCAGAAAGCUGGGAGGUGGUGGAUGAGCUGCAGCUACAAGGUGGGGCGAUCCAGGAGCCUGAAAGGCAGGAAGGUUACCUGCUCAAGAAACGAAAAUGGCCUCUGAAGGGAUGGCACAAGCGCUAUUUUGUUUUGGAAGAUGGAAUCCUGAAAUAUGCCACAACGCGUCAAGAUGUCAUGAAAGGGAAACUACACGGCUCCAUUGAUGUUCGCUUGUCAGUCAUGUCAGUCAACAAGAAAGCUCAACGAGUAGAUCUGGACACAGAAGAUAACAUUUAUCAUCUCAAGAUAAAAUCCCAAGAACUCUUCAAUAAUUGGGUGGCCAAGCUGUGCUCACACCGCCAAGCUGAAAAGUUCUUGAUGGGUGGCCAUGGUGGAAGACCACCCCAUCCUCCACCUGCCUGCAGUGCAAGGCACCGCAUUCUGAUGUCAGAAAGUGCCCCUGCCUUAUCUUCCCUGGGCAGUCACCGAGACAAAGUGAAUUCCUGGCUUACUGACAGUAAAGGCUUGGACAGGUGUUCAGCAGAACUUACAGACUGUCAGGAAAAGCUUCAGGAGCUGAACUGUAUGCUACAGAGCCUGGAAUCUCUCCACCGCAUUCCCUCUGCACCCCUCAUCUCCAAUAGUCAGACCUCAACAAGCACAGAGAGACCCAGAAAGGGGAAGAGAUCUACCCGUAUUUGGUGUACACAAAGUUUUGCAAAGGAUGACACUAUUGGAAGGCAGGUAGGACGACUUCAUGGCUCUGUGCCCAACCUCUCAAGAUAUCUAGAGUCAUGUCAGAAUCAGGCCAUCUUUAGUGUUCCUCCAGAAUACAGCCAGCUGCAGAGAAGUUUCUGGAUCUUAGCUCAGAAAGUUCAUGGGUCCCUCACCAGUGUGUUGGCUGUUCUGAGUGCGGAACGAGACCGUCUUCAGGAACUGCAACAGACACUAGAUUUGCAGCAUUCUGCUGGCCCUUCGGCACCAGUUGGCCGUGGAGGUGCUUAUGGAAUUUCUCCAGCUGCGACUUCUCUGCAGACACUGGACAAUCCUGAAUGUAUCCGCCGCUUUCAUUCUCUCUCCAUCUCCUCAGACACCACCCUGGACUCUUUUGCCUCGUUCAACCCAGAUGAGCCAAAUAAUACUCUGUUGGUUAAGAGCCAGGAGCAGCAGUUAUCCAAUCGCAGCAUUGUGUCUCUCUCGGAUUCGCACACCGAGUUCUUUGACGCCUGCGAGGUGUUCCUAUCAGCCAGCUCUUCUGAAAAUGAGGCCACGGAUGACGAGUCCUGCAUCAGCGAAGUGACUAAUAGCAUCUCCGAGGAAAUGGCCGAGGUGGCAGGAGGACCUGGGCGGUUCCACAAAGGUCCAGCCAUUGUGCACUGUUUUGGGGAAUCUGCAGAAACAAUGCUGAGUCUGCCAGUGCCUCUCCCUUUGUACCUCCCUGGGCCAGGACCUGGGAUAACGCGCAGAAACUGUUUGCCGGUUUCUCAUGUCAACGCCAGUGAUGUCAGUGUGUGGAACAUCCUUCGCAACAACAUUGGCAAGGAUCUUUCCAAAGUGUCCAUGCCGGUACAGCUGAAUGAGCCUCUCAACACCUUGCAGCGGCUUUGUGAGGAACUGGAGUACAGCGCCCUGUUGGAUGCAGCCAGCCGCACACUGGAUCCCUGUGAAAGAUUGAUCUGCAUGGCUGCCUUUGCCGUAUCUGCUUACGCUUCUACCUACUUCCGUGCUGGGAGCAAGCCAUUCAACCCUGUCCUAGGAGAAACGUAUGAGUGUGUGCGGCCAGACAAAGGUUUUCGAUUUGUCAGUGAACAGGUGUGCCACCAUCCUCCUGUCUCUGCCUGCCAUGCAGAGUCUGACAACUUUGUUUUCUGGCAAGACAUGAAGUGGAAGAAUAAAUUCUGGGGCAAAUCCUUAGAGAUCAUCCCUGUGGGUACAGUGAAUGUCCACCUUCCCAGGUUUGGGGAUCACUAUGAAUGGAACAAGGUGACCUCCUGCAUCCAUAACAUCUUGAGUGGCCAACGCUGGAUUGAACAUUAUGGUGAAGUGCUGAUUCGCAACACAAGAGACAGCACCUACCAUUGCAAACUCACCUUCUGCAAGGCACGGUACUGGGGCUCCGGGGUCAACGAGGUGCAGGGCGCCAUUCUCAGCCACAGCGGCAAAGUGAUCCACCGCCUUUUCGGGAAGUGGCACGAUGGGUUGUACCGUGGUGUGCCCCCUGUUGGCAAGUGCAUCUGGAGGCCCAAUCCCAUGCCUCGGGACUAUGAGAAGAACUAUGGCUUCACUCAGUUUGCCUUGGAACUCAAUGAGUUAACACCAGAGCUUAAGCGCCUCCUGCCUUCCACAGACACACGGCUGAGGCCUGACCAAAGGUACUUAGAAGAGGGAAAUGCGCAGGCCGCAGAGUCCCAGAAGCGACGGAUUGAACAGUUACAGAGAGACCGGCGGCGGGUGAUGGAGGAUAAUAACAUUCUUCAUCAGGCACGAUUCUUCAGGCGGCAAGUCGAUGCCAAUGGCAAGGAAUCCUGGGUGAGCAACAGCAGUUACUGGAAGCUGAGGGUCGAACCUGGCUUUAGCAACAUGGACAGCGCUGUCUUGUGGUAGCCGCUUACAUCUGUAGGAGCAGCCGUGCCUUUCUGCCAUCUCCCAAAGCGUGGGGGGAGUGGGCCAUAGAGGCCCCCUCCCUGACAAUUAAGCACAAGAGGACUGAGGCAUGCCAUCCUGGAAUACCAGCACCUCAUAAAGUUGCAGGGGGGUGGGAUGGGGUGGGGAGGGGUGGGGAGGGGAGACUCUCUCUUAGGUGUUUACGCCAUGCACUUCCAAAGCAACCCUCUCACAUGCCUGCACACUUGAGAAAAGUGGCCACCAUCCAUGUCUCAUUCUCGCACUGCUGCCUGCUGGCCAGGCAGAUUACUGGUGGUACCUUGGAUUGUCCCACAGUCGCUUUCAGGAAGCACUUUAGCACCACCUGGAUCAGAAGAGGCCAAGACAAACACGAUGAGGCAAAUGAGACUGAAGGACCUGGAGUAACUUGCAAAUGAGGGGGGAAAGCUCUACUGACUUUCAAACUUUGCUCUUUUUUGCUCAUAUGACAGCAAGAACCACACAUUUGAACAACUAUGGGGCAUUGGGGUGACUAUUUCUGCAGAGCUGUCUGGAACGUGGGCAUUUGGGCUCUUUUUAACUACUUAGCAGUUGCCUUCUAGGGUAGUUGUUGGUCCGUCCCCUUCCCCUGCACCCUUUUUUGGGGUUAUUUUUGUACCACUUUCCUUUUCAAAGGAGUUGAACUCUUCUUCAGGUCUCCUUCUGGUUGUUGGUAUGAGGUAAGGCCUGAGCGUGGUUAGAAAUCCCCUCUGUGGGAGCCAAUCAUAUGGGGAACUUUGGUAGCACUCCGAGGAGACGUUAAUCUCCUCUUGAGGGAGUUGUUCGCACUUUGACAACAAUUUGGGGUGAAAUUCGGUACAUUCCAGGGAUGGCUGUUACUUGGUGCCUGCAUGAUACUUCCAUUUUUGGCAAAGCUAGGACUUUCUUCAAGUAGAGAAUAUUAAGGCUCAAACACCAUGAGGGCAAGUAACACUGAACCAGCACUGUGUGUGUUUUUAUUUUAUUUUAUUUGGUCUUGUCUCUGGUCCUUUCCCCCCUUUUGACAAGGAUAUAUGCCUCCCCGUCUCACCACUUUUCCUUCAGAAUUUGAAGCAAUAAUUAUAGUUGAGGAAUGGGGGAAGAACCCCUGGUAUUUCCAACAGUAGUGUAUAGGAAAGUGGAAUUCACUCUGGUUAUUCGUAGCAUCAGUCAGAGUCUGUCAAAGAUAGACAUGUCUUGAUUGUGAUUGAGCUUAAAAGUAAAUGGGGGAGAGAGAGAGAAAGGAAAGGAGUGGAGUUUGUGGCCAGAUGAACAAAAUAUAUAAGCAUGAGUUCGGAGAAAGAAUUUCUCUCUGGGAACCCGUCCACACAGCCUUGUAUCCCAGAAUAUCAAGGCAGAAAAUUCCACAAUAUCUGCUUUGAACUGGGUUAUCUGAGUCCACACUCAGACAACAACAACAACAAAACUUUAUUUAUAUACCACUCUAUCUCCCCAACGGGACUCAGAGCGGUUUCAAGUAACAUCAUCAAUACAUACAAAAAAACCAGCAUAAACAUAAAAUUAACAAGACAAUAUAAGCAUAAAGAAUCACAAUAGCACAUAUAUAUUUAAAAUAAUCCUGCCUGUUCAAGGCAAUUUAAAAGGCCGGGCCAAGGCUAGUGCAAUUUGUAGAGGGCCUGGGAAAUUAGGUAGAGUCUAUGGCUGUUCAUAUCCGGGGCCUAAUAGAAGAAAGUAACCUGGGUAAUUGGUAGAAAAAGAUAUGGCCAUAUUCAAGAGUAUCUGGGGCUGAGCUAGAACUAGUCGUUCUCAAAGGCUUGUUUAAACCACCAGGUCUUCAGGCUCUUACGAAAGGAGGGGAGGAAUGGAGCCUGUCUUAUUUCCCUAGGAAGGGCGUUCCAGAGAUGAGGGGCCACCACUGA